CUUACCUCAAGAUCCCCCCGCUAUGAUCGCCCACCGCCCCGCUGUACCAUGAAGCACCAUCACCAUGGCCGCCCAGUCCUCUCUUCGCCAUAGCGAAGACCCGCUCCUCGCCCUCUGGACCCUCUAUACCGACAAGCUCCGCGCGCGAUCAAAGGACAUCUCCAAGACAACCAAGCUCCUAUCCACCCUCGCGCUUCUCCUCUCUAUAAUAGGUGCUGGCUAUGGGACGAGCCAGUGGUGGCGGCGUCGCAAGGCUGAGAAAGAGAAGGGAAGGCGGCUGUUGCGCAGGAACUCGGGCAUACGAGGGAAGGAUGGCUCGCGCACCAUCUUCGUGCCGUACCGCGACUCGACAUCGAAAGUGACCAUAUACCCGACCAAGCCGACGACCUUCGAUGCGCAUCGGAGGUUGUUCCUCCAGCCGCCGCGUGCUGCUGGGCUGAGCGAUGGAUAUACGCCGCAGGUGCCGCCGCCGCAGACGAAGCCAGGACUGAACUUGGCCUUUUUGCACCAGUUCCUGAGCUUGCUAAACAUCAUGAUACCCAGAUGGAACAGCAAGGAAACGGGGCUGUUGCUGAGCCAUGGUGUCUUCCUCAUGCUGCGCACUUAUCUUUCACUAGUCGUAGCGCGCCUUGACGGAGAGAUUGUCCGAGAUCUGGUCGCCGGCAACGGAAAGGCCUUCCUCUGGGGCAUCGCGAAAUGGUGCGGUAUCGGUAGUUUCGCCUCGUACACCAACGCCAUGAUCAAGUUCCUACAGUCAAAGGUGUCUAUCGCUUUCCGGACCCGGCUUACCCGAUACGUUCACGACCUUUAUCUAAAUGACCAUCUCAACUACUACAAACUCUCUAAUCUUGACGGAGGCAUCGGACAAGGUGCAGAUCAAUUUAUCACACAAGAUCUCACGCAGUUCUGUGCAGCCGCAGCAUCGCUAUAUUCGUCACUCGGGAAGCCUUUUGUUGACAUAUGUCUUUUCAACUACCAAUUGUUCCGUUCACUAGGUCCCCUCGCUUUGGGCGGCCUCCUUGUAAACUACCUUAGCACAGCAAGUCUGCUGCGCAGGCUAUCACCUCCCUUUGGCAAAUUAAAAGCCGUAGAGGGAAGGCGCGAAGGCGACUUUCGCGCGCUGCAUUCGAGGCUAAUUGCAAAUGCAGAAGAAGUGGCUUUUUAUGGUGGUGACCAGAUGGAGCGUACCUUCUUGGACAAGGGCUUUAAAGAACUCAAGGGUUGGAUGGAAGGCAUCUACAGCUUGAAGAUCCGCUACAACAUGCUUGAGGACUUUAUUCUCAAGUAUUCUUGGUCUGCAUUUGGCUACCUCAUCACCUCACUACCCGUCUUCUUACCCGCCUGGGGAGGCCUCGGCGGUGUCUCCGAACUAUCCGACCUGGUCGAGAAGAGCGGCCGGGAACGCAGCCGCAUGAAAGAUUUCAUCACGAACAAACGCCUCAUGCUGUCUCUUGCGGACGCCGGCGGGCGCAUGAUGUACAGCAUCAAAGACUUGCAAGAGCUAGCGGGCUACACCUCGCGCGUGUACACGCUCAUCAGCACCCUACACCGCGCGCACGCCGACGCGUACUUCUCGCCGCAAGGCCAGCGCUCCGAACUUUUCUCCCUCGCCGACGUCCAAGGCACUAUCCACAAAGGCUUCGACGGUGUGCGCCUCGAGCACGUCCCCGUCGUCGCACCCUCGCUCUACCCCAUGGGCGGCGACGAGCUCAUCGAAAGUCUCUCCUUCAUCGUCCACUCCGGCGAGCACCUCCUGAUCACAGGCCCUAACGGCGUCGGUAAGAGCGCCGUCUCGCGCAUCGUGGCGGGGUUGUGGCCCACGUACCGGGGGCUUGUGAGCCGUCCGCGCAGCAUCGGGACGGAUGGGAUCAUGUUCCUGCCGCAACGGCCAUAUCUGAGUACGGGGACACUACGCGACCAGGUUAUUUACCCGCAUACGGCGGUGGAUAUGAACGCGGCUGGGCGCCGUGACUUCGAGCUCAGUGCAGUGCUGGAAGAGGCAAAGUUGGGUUAUUUGCCUGACCGUGAGGGCGGGUGGGAUACCCGUAAGGUGUGGCAGGACGUACUGAGCGGCGGUGAGAAGCAGCGCAUGGGGAUUGCGCGGCUGCUGUAUCAUGAGCCCCGGUACGCAUUUGUGGAUGAGGGGACGAGUGCCGUGAGCAGUGAUGUCGAGGGCUUGUUGUACGAGCACGCAAAGGCAAAAGGCAUCACACUAAUAACAAUCUCCACCCGCGCCUCCCUCAAACGCUACCAUACCUUUACGUUGACGCUCGGCCUGGGCGAGCACGGCGACGAAUGGGCUUUCCAGCGCAUCGGCACUGCAAGCGAGAAAUCCAGCGUCGAGAAGGAGCUGGCUGAGCUGCGCGAGCGGCUGGCUAUGGUCGAGGAGUGGAAGGCACGUAGACAGGCGGUCGAAGAGGAGCUGGGCAGCGUGUGGGUCAAGGGCGAGAAGGGGGGCGAGGUCUUGCCACCGCCGAGUUAUGCGGAUGUCGUUUCGGGCGGGCCGGGUGAGAGUGUGUAUCAGUCGGCGGCGGAGGAGGAGGAUGAUGUCGCGGUGGUUAGUGAGGGGAGUACGGAGUAGAGUGGGGUUGUUGGGCUGUGCAUGGAAGGGUUUGGGCUUCGUAGGCGUGCUCUGCUGUCUUGUUCUUUGGUUUGGUGCUUUCAAUUGGUCUUGUCGAUUUUGAAGAUACCGUGGCCGGGUGCUAUUGGUGCGGUGUUUGGUUGAAUAUACGCUGGAUUAAUUUUGCUUUGAUUUGAUUCUUUUGAAGCCACUGAUAUCUGUCUUUGACGGGUUGCAUUUGAAUAUUGCUGGGUACAUAUUAACUUGAUUUUUUCCCUGGU